AUGAUCAGUACCUCUUGGGGAGCACCAGCAGCGUUUACGAAAGGCUUUGAUCUGAAAGACGUCUCUGAUGGCUUGUAUGGAAAGCAUCUACAUGUCUAUAGUUGGCCCGAAGAAGAACUGAAACAGAUACUUGACCUUGGUGAUAAUGGGCUUUUGCCCUUAGAGAUAAGAUUCUUGCACGACCCCACAAAAGCUACGGGAUUUACAGGAUGUGCUUUGUCAAGUACUAUUGUGAGAUUCUUCAAGAACGAGGAUGAAACAUGGAGCCAUGAGAUGCCAGGGCUUAUUACUGACUUCCUAAUAUCCCUUGACGACCGAUUCCUCUAUUUUUCCAACUGGCUUCACAGAUAUAUUCGUCAGUACAACAUCGAAGACCCAAAAACACCCAUUUUAACUGGUCAACUUCAUGUAGGCGGGCUGGUUCAGAAGGGAAGCCAUAUCUUGGCCAUAGGAGAAGAAGACGAGACCUUUCAGUUCGAUGUCCCUAACAUCAAGGAUCAGCGUCUGAGAGGAGGCCCGCAAAUGUUUCAGCUGAGCUUAGAUUGGAAGCGACUGUACGUGACGAACUCGUUGGUUAGCGUUUGGGACAAAUAG